UUGCCGCGAUCGUCGUUCGAUCGACGACAGAUUCGUGCGGACGGUACACGCACUCACACACACGUACACGCGUGCGCGCACACACACAACACACACGCGCACGCGCGCGCGCACACAUACACAGACACGCACACACAAGCUCGCACGCACCUGACGCCGAGCACCGCACGCCACUCGCACACGCACGUUACACCGAAGCGGUCGACGGCCGCCGCGCGAUAUCCGACUCAGUCGACGGACGCAGUUUGCACCGGUACCAUCUCACUGCCGCCGCGGUUGUCCACCGUCUCCCGAGAGCCAACCCCACGUCGUCGUCGUCGUCCGAGUAACACGCGGCCGCACGAUGUCCGUCGCCUACCGGUCCACCGCGUCCCGAUGCGUUCUGUUUACUGCAGCAAUUGUGAUAUUCAAUCAUACUCUCGUCGCUCCAAUAAAUGCCUUACAAAUUAAUGAACAAAAUAACACAAAACCAUAUCCAAUUACUGCAUUUCAAAAAUUGAAACGUUUACCGGACGAAAGCUCACUAGAUCCCGUGUCGAAUGCAGACGAUGAAACUCAGAGGUCGGUCCGAAAAAGCGCUGUUUUGUAUAAUAAAGCUGACAUAACAACAACAACUCAAUCGAAUAUUGUUGCGUCACUUUUCCGACUAAACGAGGAGGAAGGUAAUACGUGUAUUCUGUUGAGGGUAGAUGCUGUCAUAGAAGUAAAGUUCAAAACUAAACUAGGUUCUGAAGACCAAACUGAUCUCUAUGUUCCUGACGACGCAGAAGUAACUGGUGAUUGCAGCAAUGAAGAUGAUGCAACGUUAAUACUCAAAUGGAAAAAUUUCGUCUUUACUUGGUACUUCACAAAGACUCUUGGAGGAGAAAGAUGGUUUGUAAAGGCAUUGGAACUCGAAAUAAAUACAGCUGACAAACAUUUCGAUCAUAUUAAAACCAAAGAUAAAAUUGUACGCUUGUCAACUGUAUCCAGUUAUGGUACACUGCUGUUCAUGACGCCAGUUGGACAGUCAUAUUCAUGUCAAAAAGAAAUUAGCGUGGUAUUGAGUGAUCAAAACGUACCUACGAUGAAAGGAUACGUAUUGCUCAGAGCAUUUACUGUUCAGCCGUUUAUAUUCAAAAAUAAUGAAUUUGGACCAGCUUACCAGUGUUCGUCGAUCGGUGCUGGCGCCAUGAGGAACGAAACCGUACCGUUCAUAUUCGGAAUCACUCUAGCGGCCGUCGCCAUACUCACGGUUGGUGGGUAUGCGGUAUUUAGACACUUCAAAAUCAAGAAAGUCCAGUACGACACGAUGGAAUAAAUGAUUUGAAUCAUGGGAUCUCUAGACGAGCUGAACAACUGGGAUUUUGUUUUGAUUAUACCGUUUUUCAAUUGUUUUGAUCAAACAGCAAUAAUCGCAUAGACGACGUUUUUAUUUUAUCAUAUAGUUUAUAUUAUAAUAAUAAUAUGAUUAGGCUAUUACUCGAUACUGCAAUGACACAUUUUGUGUAAAUUUUGUUUUCUUUUUAGAGUUUUUUGUACUGUCGGCGUUUAAAAGAACAUUCAACGUACAACUUUAUUUAAAGUGUAAAUUUCAGGUACCUAUUUGAUAAUUAUUUUAAGUACCUAAGCAUUGGUAUUACAAACUUGACUAAUUUAACAUACAUUUCUAUCAUAUUUUUUUCAUUUUCUUAGCCCUCGUAACCAUUUACUUGGCGUAGAUUUUUUUUUUUAAAUAUUUUUAUUUAUUUUAUAACGUUAAAAAAUUAAAUUCUAAAACUCAUUUAUAAUAUACCUAAGUAAUUUAUUACUGAAGUAUUCUUUCUUAUUUAUUUAAAAAAAAAUUAAUUUUUAUCAUUCUAUUAUCAUUAUAUUAAUCGGUAUUAAAUAAAUUAGCUAUACACUUUAACUAUUUCAUUUUUAGACACAUUAAAAAUCUCAUUAUUAUUAUUAUUGAAUAUUUAUUUGUCAACUUAAUCCCAUUAUAUAGUUAAUUUGAUAUUAUUCAACUUAAAAAGCUUAAUUAAAAUUGUUAUUAUAGGUACGUAUUUUUUUAUUUAUAUAAUAUGAUAUUGUAAUAGCAAAAUAUACAUAUUAUUUUCAAUAAUAUGUUUGCUUACACUUGUAAUGUAUACCUACGUUAAACCACAUGUGCUAUAUAAAUAAUUAUUACUAAUAGUGUAAAUGACUAGGCAUUUUUUUUUUAAAUAUUAUUAAAAUAUCGAUUAGUUUUGUUUUUAUUCAGUGUAUUUAAAAUGGUUUUAAACUUUUAACCUCUUUGUGUAUACGUUACAAGAAAAACUAUUGUUAUUCAGAUGUCAAUUACCUACAUAAUAUGCUUUUGUUUCGACGAUUUGUAGUAACGCAUUGGGUAAUUGGAUUGAUUUUCGUGAAAUCUUUUAAAACUAAUAUAGUUUUGUAGUAAAACAAAUUACUCGUGUAACAUCUAUGUUACUUAACCCGUAAUUGACUGGUCAUUACAACAUUAUUAUUAACAAUGAAUUAGCAAUAUUAUUAUAUGAAUAUUCUAAAAUUAAUUUAGUAUAUAAUGCAUUUUUAUAUUUAUUUUGUUUUAGGAUAUCAGAUUGUAUUGUUGUAAGCAAUAUUAAUGAAACUCUUUAUAUUUGAUAUUCUUAUCGGUAAUUAAGUUUUAUGUUUUGGAUUUACAAAGGUAGUAAGUCUAAUUUCAUAUAAGAUUUAUCACCUUUUCUGCUUUAUUAUAUUUUUUAUUUCGGCUAAGUCAUAGAUUGUCUAUUAUUAUAUUUUACCAUUAAGUAUAAAAAAUAUAAACUGAUUUACAAACAUGAUCACUACCCAGUACACAGUACACGUUGAACAUUAAAUCGCCAUUUUCAAAUUUCAAAUUAUCUUUAAAUACUGUCAUUUUAUCGAAAAUUAAUUUGGAAAUGCAAAAUUUUAGUUAAAUAUUUGAUAUUAUUAUCAUUGAUGUUAUUAUUUAGUAUUGUAAGUGUGUACAGUCUUAAGUAUAACGCCCAUUAUCAACAUAUUCUAAUUAAAUACAUUUCGUAGACAAUAGUGAAUUGAGAAAAUCCUUAACCAUCUUUUGAGGAAUAAAAUGGGCUAUAAUGAAAUACAAAAUUAUGCUAACACUUAAUUCUUAAAAAAAAAAAAAUAAAAAAACAAAAAACACAAGAUUUGCGUUUGUUAUAAGGACCAUCAUUAGUAUAUUAUUAGUUCAAUUUAAGGACUAUGUUACUGUGUUCGUAAUAACUAAUAUUUGGACAAAAUUAGAAAUCUCUUAUCCGUUUUUAUACACACAUGUUAAAUUUAUUGCAUAUCAUUGUUCCAUUCUCUUCAUUAUUAAUUGAUAUAAAUUCAUACACAUCAGUUUAUCUUCAUCAAUAUUACUUGAAUAUCUUUAUUUUAGUUGUAUUAAACAUCUUUUUUUUUCUAACGGUUAAUAGACAAAUAAAUUCAAUAAUGCAUUAAAACGACCAUACAUCUCAUUAACAAAUUAAUUUUCAAUAAUAAAACCAAUAAUUAUAAUAUUUUUAAAACCAUAAUAUUUUAAAUAAAAGCGACUUACUUUAAUAUUAUAAACUAUAUUGUAUAUUUACUUAACCGUAUAAAAAUAUUUCACUUAACAUGGCAUAUACAUUUUUAUCGGAUUUGAAACAAAAACCAUUUUUUUUUUUUUUUGAUUAAUGGUUUUAAUUUUUGAAUAUCGAUAUUAAUUUUUUCUAAUUCAAUUUUAGUUUCAUACAUCAGUAUUGAAUUUUUACAAUUUUUAUUUCGUUUUCGAAUACCAUUAUUGAUUUUUUUUCGAUUUCGGUUUGGAUAUUGUUUUUGCUUAAAUACCGGUGUUAAGCCUCGAUUUUUAUCAACAGAAAAUUGAUGAUUCAUAUUUAAUGGUUUCCGAGUAAACUAGUUUAUAUGGAUAAAUUAUUUAUGAUUAUAGAAAAAAUUGUAUUAAUGAUAAAUUUUUAUCAAAAUAAAAUAACUAAAAAAAUAAAUGCAAAUAUUCGCUAAACAAGUGUUAACAAAUUUUUGAUGUUUUUACAUAUCUUUUAAGGUUACAUCUUAAUGGUCAAAAAUUUUAAAUUUCUCUAUACUAGUCUUAAUAUUACAAUUUUAUAAGAUAGCUCUUACUUAAUAAGUAAUAUAUUUAAAAAACAUCACUAUUAAAAAAAAAAAUAAUAUCAUAUCAUAUUCGUCAAUAAUAUGUGAUAAAUAUAUUAAAUACCUGCUUGAUGAUUAUGUUGAUAUAGAAUACCUAUGAUAUAUAACCAAGUAUUAAAUAUAUUGAAGAUUAACAAAUUAUUAAAUUAUUUAUCUAUUUACCUAAACAUGAUUUAAUUUUUUAAUUCUUUUGUCGCUUAAAUUAUAAUUGAAUAGAUUUUUUUUUAUAUUGAAUACCAUAGUUGAUAAAAUACAUCUAAAUUAUUAAAUUUUUGCAAAAAUAUUAUAAUUGAAUUAAUAAAAUCGAGUAGACUUCGUAUGUGAAAACUCAACGCUUAUGGUUAAAAUAUGUAUUAUCAUUAUCUUUACUGUGAAAUUAUUCUUAUAUUAGACUGUUCCAUAAACACAUUAAUAAUUAUAAUUAACACUAUUUUUGAUUGUUUAGAGAAUACAUUUAAGUGUUGCGGUGUGAUCACCGUUUUCAUAAAUAUUUACUAAAGAUAAAAAUCAAUAUAAUAAAGGUAUUAUAUUGUUAAUAAAAUGCAUAUCGACGUCCUCGUCUUCCAACACAAAUUUUAAGCAUUUUAAUAUUUUACGGUUUUUUUUUUUUUUUGUAUAAUGUGAUUUAUUAUAUUCGAGUGUCUUUCUCUCUCAUUUUUACGACGAUGAAUACCAUAUAAUAUAAUAUUUAUUAUAUUAUUAGUUUAUAAACAUUGUUAUCAUAGUAGUUUAAUAGUUAUACUGUUUGUGUGUAGUCUAUUAAUUUAGCUGAGCCAUAGUAUAGUUCUAUGAAUUACUAUAAUUAUAAUAAUAAUUAUUAUUAAUGCUAACACUAUGAUUAUUAUUAUUAUUAUUAUUAUUAUUAUUGUUAUUAUUCGCAGUAGUAUUAGUUACUUAUUAUAUAUUUAUUAUAAAUUAUUAUUUUUAUUAUUAUUAUAAUUCUAAAUUAUUAUUUUUACAAUUAAUACUAUUAUUAUUGUUUACACAAAUUAUAAUUGCAAUAAUAAAUUGCACAUUUUAAAAUGUGUUUUUAACAUUGUAAACUUUUAAAAUUUUAUGAUAAAUAAAUAUUUAAGCUAUAGAA